UGUUCUGAAGACUGACGAGCAGGCUUAGGGAUUUUCCUCGCGCAAAUGUGAAAGGUGAAACGAUUCUGAGACGGAAUCAAUCGCGGUUAAUUUAUAAUUAGAGCGGGAUCAAUAAAAUGUAAUCUACAUAUCCACUCGAGUAAUUUUUAUUCGAUAAGUCGCGAUAUGUGUAUACUUGUACGAAGGCAUUUCUUGUAGUUUUCUUGUCAAGUAAUUCUACCGAUAUUCAUUUAUAUUGUACUCUAUCGUUGCUCGCUGUAUCUACAGUAGUUAUCGUUAGUUCUUUUUACAAUUAGUUACGCAGCAAUGCGAACAGUCUCUAUUUUUAUUUGAACCACAGCUAUAAGGAGUAUUAGGUAAUAGCUGUUCGAUGCGCGUACGUGCUUUGCAUAAUAUGCAUAUUUAUAAUUGCAUUAGCAUCGAUGAAAAAAUACUUGAUAUACAUACCUACGUUCCUUCCGUAAACGUACGCUGUCGGUUCUGUUCUACAGGGGCUGUACCAUAAACUCGCUCGGCCUUAAUUAUUUUCGAUACUUUGAACAAUGAGCACCAAUAUUACACAUAAAGUUUAAAACGGCAAUGAUCUUUUUUUUAUAGCUGACAUACAAGAGAAUUGCUGGUCAAUUUAUUUUGUCUUCGUACAAAGUCUUAGUAUUUUCAUAGAUAAACUAUUAUGCGUAAUUGUGAAAAUAUGCUAAAUAAUUACUCGUACGACCCAGCAUUUUCUUUCCUUAUUUGAAAUGAAGAAGGUAUUUCAAGCAGACAAAGUUGGCGAGACACCGCGUACGUGCAUAAAUACAUGUAGUAUUAUGUGCCAGUUCCGCGAUUACGCAUCGUCUCGCGACGUUCACGCAUUUAUUUGUGGAUUUUCAUUCAACGGCUACUGUUAAGCACUGUGUAACUGUAACUUAUUGACGUCCUUCCACGACACCGCCUCGCUCGUUUUUCCUUGCCUCACAGUGAGAACCAGUUAUCGAUUAGCUAUUACGGCCGUUGAAGAAGGAAAAAAGACGUUAUGCCGCGUUGUUACCGUGAAACAUCCGUAGAGAACGGAGGCGCGAGAUUUAUUAUGUAAUCCGUACUUCUCGCCUUCGGAUGUAUCGUACGUGCCAUUCUGUAAUUGGGACUAGCGGAACGAACGGAUCGAGGCAGGCUUCGUCUAAGAUGUAUUUAAUAUUUUCCGUUUUGUAUUUGUCACUGGAAUACGAACUACCUAAAUCUCGCAGUAGAGCAGGUGAACCUGUACACAGGAUUUAUGUCCAGGAUUACUGCAAUCCGUAUUUUUACUUUCCCUCGCGGAGAAAAUGGAAAAUUAGAAUUUCGUGCGUAAUAUGUUAGUCUGCCGUUAAUACCGGUUCUCUGACCGACGCGGUUUCUUCCACAUGAUUUGUUGCUUCUGUGUCGAAUAAGUGAACGCACGUCAUACGCGUGGUCAGUAUUCAAUGAACGUAGGUCGUCGACGACGAUUACUCAUUCGCGAGUAUUAUCAUUGCUAGUCUGCAGCAGCGAAACUGUCGAUCUUAACAGCGCGUAUAGAUAUCGUGUUCACGAAUUAUGCCCGACGACGGGAUUCGUUGCAUCGCGUGGUACGAUAUUUCUAAUAAGAUAAUCGUUCGCGAUUAUCGUCCUAUCGAUAACCGUACUGUCUGAUCAAUUGAAAGUGUAUUUUCAAGAUCCAUUGAAGGAUUUGUUAUCUAAAUUGUCUUGACUUCGAUCCGACGUGCAAGUCAAUUAUCGUGUUUCGGUUAACAAUGAAAUAGAAGCGUAGGAAUAUUUUGGAUGAAAAUUGUUUACAGUUUAAUAAGUCCACAAUUGCGGUUCUCUCCAAAUAAAAGUUCGCUUGUUACAUUUUUAAGGUAUCAUUGGUAUUCUCGAAUUUGAUAGCUUUUAUAUUAUUACAUGGUGGUUAAGCGAACAGCACAGUCACACUAUUGCAUUAUUAUAAGGUAUCUUACAAUUAGUGUUAAUCCAUUCCAGCGGAGAUACUUUUCCAUGGAUAAAUCAAUUGUGUGUAAUUUUUCCGGGCAGCAACAAUACACGUGAGAUAGAUAAUGGAUAUCUUGCCGAGUUUAUCGUACAACUUCGCUGUGAUUGCUCUACUCUUUCACGUCUUCGUAAUUCAGCGUAACGUGAUUUACGAGGCUCUCGCCGGGAAUACUCGAAAUUGCAACGUUAGUUCACGUACGAAAGAUUUAGUUCACGAUAGAACGUAUCAAUCUUUCGUUACGAUAUCCACUGCUCCACUCUAUUAGAUAUAUUCUGUGAAUCGAUAAAUUCUUCAUUCGAUCACGUGAUGAAUGCAGCAAAUAAAAAAAUGCGAAAUGAGAACUGAAAAUGAGAGUUCGCGUUUACCAAUAUCUCUCGUACAUGAUUGCGGCUAGGAAAUCGUAAAUGAAAUCGAUAUGAUAACACAAUCUAAUCGUUCAUAGUAAAACUCGCAAAAGCUCUUGCAUUGACCUAAUCGAACAAACAGACGGUUAAGUACGCGAAUCCUAACCGAAUUUCAUGCUAAAGGUAAAACACGUCCGGUGGAGAAUUUAUCAAUGAGGUAUAUACCGCGCAUAGUACAUACAUACUUUGUAGUGACUCGACUCCCCUUCUGCUUCUGCUCCCUUCAUAGAGUUUCGUACGCUAUCGAUGAAUGGCGUAACCUCGUUAUGGGACUUCACGUGGAUAACUCCGUGUUCUUACUCACUUCACGCCAGACACGGAAAAGGUUUCCUCCAAGUAUAACACGCAACGAUGUUACGUACAAUAAUUUGUUACUUUAAAUAUUUACACUCUCUCUGGUAAACGUAUCGAUGACUAGGAACGAGCAUAAUUGAUUAUAAGGCAAAAAGAAUUCGCCUGUCGUAAAGUAUAAAAUAGAAAGUAACAAGGAUUCUGACGGAUCAGAUCCCUCAUAUCGUGUGACAAAGUAUAAAGAAGUGAUAAUUUUCUAAAAGGCAUUUCACGCGUUCAGAUACGUUCGUCAUUAUAUGUAUUCUGGCACCGUUUACUCCGAUUCUCGUGUGUUGUAUGCAUCAUUCGAAGGCUUUGAACGAUGAAUAAUGAUGUUGACUUAGAAGUUGCUACGUCUAGGCAAGCAGAUGAUCAUCUCUUGCGAGCGAUUUGAGUAUCUUCAGCAAAUAUUUGUAGUUUACGAAUACAGUUCGCAAACGCAGGCGGAGAAUAUAAUUAUCUCGUUUGUGAUCGUGCGUGUAUUAAUAGGAAUGGAAUAAAUACACAGCGUUGAUCCGUGAAAAGCCAGCAUUUAUUAAAAGAAUGAAUUACGUUUGUCGCUUGAUGUUUUUAAGCAACGGAAACAAUUCCCUUGGAAUCGUAAAAGGCAUUUUAUUAUCAGGAAUCAAAUGUUUACAACUAACAACAUGAAUCGUGCAUUCAGUGUCAUAAAAAAUAUUUAAUAGUCGCUCCGUAGCGUAUAAAUAGUAGCCAUUCCUUUUAUGUUCUUUUUAUACAAUAUAUUGCGCUUUUAUAAAAUAUUUUUUUAUUCUCCUUAUACGUAUCGGACACGUGUACUUCAAACUUUAUCGAACUAUUGAUCAUUGCAUACUUAAUAUGUACCGAUGAAUUAGUACGCGCUGCUUGCUUGUUAAAGGGCGGGACGAAAUUGCGUACUUACCAAGAGCACUAAGAAUAGAAUAUUAAUUCUUACGCCUUUAAUUGUUUUUCAUAUAAUUUCGUACAAGACGACAUCAAUUAUACAUAUAUCCUCUAUACGGUUUCUUAUCAUGCGAUCUAUAAAUAUUAUUGAAUUGACAACUAAACUCGCGACCUUCGUUAUUUAUUUAAAAAUGAAAAAAUACAAAUUAUUUUACUGUUCUAUUUCAUCAACGAUAUAAUUCAAAUAUUUGUCUUAGAGGAAUAUCGUGUAUUUCAGGAAAUGGUCGACAAUAAUAAAGACAUCCAGUAGUUGGGAAAGCAAAAAGCAGAACGAAACAUCACGGAAAUUGUAUCGAGUACAUUUGUAAACGUAAUAUACGGUGUUAUCUGAAACCGAAAGUGGAAACAUUCGCAUCAGAGAAUUUCUCAAAACGGGGCUUAGAAUCUGAUCUCUUGACAGCGUAGCAUUCAGCAACAUAGGUUUCAAUAGUAUCGAUGAUUCUGCAUCACUUUCUUCGUUAUAUACACGAUUACGUGUAUUAAAUUCGAUACUAAAGAAAUUACGUUUAGGAAUAUGUUAUUUAAAUGACAAUAAUAAAAUUGUUCGAAAUCUUUGCAUUCAUUCAAAGGAGUAUAGUCGAUAUCAUCGAAACAUAGAACUAUAUGAAUGAGUCUAUCUGUCAUUGCUGAUUAUGAAUUAGGCUCGUUUUAUUGAAUGAAUUCCGCACCGUGAGGGUGUAACUGCUUUUGACUCUCGCUGUAGGGGUUGCAAACGCUCUCUUAUAAGGCAGACUAUAGUACCUCUGCCGGGGAUCGUUUCGUAGAGCCGAGGAUCGGCAGUGUAUGUAUGUGUUGUAUGCGCGAGCAAGGCAGCGGGAGUGCGUGAAGCAUCUCGUUCCUUGUGUGCAAAAGAACGAGGCAGCGGUUGUCAGUGAGUGCGCGCGCGCGCCGUCUCGGCUCGUUCGAACGUUUCGGUGGUCGUGUAUUGCGGUAAAGGUGUGCGUCUAUACGUGGCUGACAAGAUAUGAAGCGAAGGCGCAACGGUGGAGGUGGACGAGGAGAAGGUGUAGUAGUAACAGCGGUGCGGCGGCGAUGGUGGUGGUGGUGGUGGUGGCAAUAGUAGCGACGGUAGUAGUAUGUAGUUACGGCGGCCGAGUGUGUGCGCGCGUUGGCUGGCUUGGUUAUAUGGCUCGACGAGUCGCAGCCAGUGCCAGUGUGCCAGUUCAGUUGAGCAACCGAGCCUGAGUCUGUACGUGUCGUGUGACGGGAAAGAACGAGGCGGAAAGUGGGAGAGAGGGGUCUUGCGUACGAUGCGAUUCGAGCGAGAAAGAAGGAAAGAGAGGAGACGAGAAACGCGUACAGGCGUACAGUACAGUAUACAAUACAGUGUGCAACGUACGAUCUUCGGGAGCACGUAGAGAAAGAUGUCAAUAAAGUUCGUUUAAUCGGAGUUGUUUUCUCAGCUACGGUAAAUGGAAGAACUGUGAUCGAGAGGCGUGCAUCGACGACGAACGUAAAUUUCCGUGUUGCGGUGUUGUGGUCGCCAUCUCCUCCCGGUCGGUUUGCUGUGACGCUGUGACGGAUUUUCGUGACGCAUUUGAGUGCACACGCGUCUGCUCAGAUUGAAGGAGUCGUCCCGAAGAAUUGUACGGAGCAGUGACAGUGACAGUAACGACAAGACAGUCCGCGGAGAAUUCGUGCUUCGAUUCUUUUAUCGUUCAUCCUCGAUAUUCGCGCGGUGCAUAGGUGACACCGUGUAGCGGCGGUCUACGAGACCGCGACGACCAUGACGACGACGACGACGACGACGAUGGCACGACCACAUCGACGACGGCAUUCACAGCCCCGGUGUGCAUGUACAAUACGUGUGUUGCUACGCGUGCGCGUGUGAACUCGCCUCAGCGAGAGAAUGUUCUUCUUUCGUGUGCGUGCUAUUCGUUUGCUCGCGAGCGAGCUUCCUUCUGGGAACACGGUCGCGUACGCGGAACAUGCGCGCUUGUGUCGGUGUUCGUGUAUGCACGUGCGCGAACCUAUUGCAUUGUGUGUCAGUGACUCUCCGUGCGCCCGCGGUGCAAGUAACCGAGAAUUCGGACGAUAGUGCUUGUGCAUGAUACCUCUGGUUUUACGCGGUACGUACGAUUGAUUGAUCAUGCUGUGGCCAGACUACCUGAAUGGAAAGUAACUCGGUGACUUGGAAUAAUAAUUAAGCAAGACGAUGACGGUUCAGUGCGCACAAAUGAGCUGUAAAUGCUACCAGUGGCUAAGGAUUAUCAGUCUGCUGUAAUCCUUGAUGGUGCCAAGCCCCGGACAUUGAAGACACGUACAGGUACGAGAUAAUUAAGAAAGAAGAAGAGAAGAGAAGAGAAAAAGUGUUCGCAUAAGAAGAGAAUUUUCGGAGGAGGAUGCUCGGCAGUUGGGGCUGGGAAGAAGAAUUGGAGUUGGGAGAGGGAACAGCAACCCUGUCGCAAGAUAGACAAAGACGAGAGAGCCCAGACUCGACGCAUCCUGUCCCCGACAGCCGGGUGCUGAGGUAUGCACCCAGCCGAUGUCACCACCCUCCCAGCUUCAGCUCGUCACAUUUCAGCACGCAGCCUCCUCUCGACUGUACAGACUCGUGAGGUGGCCAAAAUGCUGACUGCUCAUUCCGAGAUGCCCGAGAAACGGGAUCCCCUCAGUGGCGGAGGCGGACAGUAUGGUGCAGGAGGCGGGGGUGGUGGCAACAGUUCGAUCGAAGAGAAAUCUAUCUCGGAACAACCACCCCCGCCGCCGGCGCCUCCACAGCGGGAUCUCUCGGAUCCAACAAUCAGCGCUAAGAAACUUCCAAAGAAACGAAAGUUCGAUCCAUCGGAACUCGAGGAGAUGGACAAGACCAGCAAUGUGACGAGCAACAUAAACAAUAUGAUGAAUAUGAGGACACCAAACUUACCGUUCAGUCAAUCGGGUUUAGUUCAGCAUUCAACGUUAGCGACUCACCAGUCUCCGCAACAUCAAGAGUCCGAUUGUUAUCAAAUAUCCUCGGCAUCGUCGGUGGUUGUUUUGCCACCGCAAAGUACAGCGGUGGAUUAUUCAGUUCGAGAGGAACCCUUACGUUCUCGUCCUCGGCCUGCUACCGUUGCUAUUGAUCUCAGUGAGUGGCGCGACCACAGAGUGUUAGCUUUAAGGGAUUCGUAUUAUUAUCCGGGUGUUAUCCGUAACGUUGUCCAAGGAGAGAUAUACAUAGAGUUUGACGGAGAGAGAAAACUUAUGCGUUACACGGACGUUUUGGGCGCGGGAAGGUACGACGUGAUAGGUGACGCGAGCCCGUCGGUCGGGCAAGUGACUAUGGACGCGAAAGUUUGCAUCAGGUGUCCAACGUCGAACAAUCACGUCGACGCGGCUAAAGUGUUCGUAAAAGGGACGGUGUGCAAGAUAUUAACGAAGCCUAAGCGUUUUGUUGUUAAAAUUCCAAGGGAGGAUGAUCAGAGUGAUAGUUAUGUAGUGAAACGAGCGGAUUUACGUUUAGUGCAACCUCCGUGGUGGGACGAACUGGAGGAGGGAUUAGAAGACUGUGAUUCUUCGAGGGUCGAAGGAAUUGAACAUGGCUAUCGAAAUUCUUCAGAAGGUCCGACAGCAGUGCCAAUUUUGGUCCAUCACACUUCUCACCAUACAUCUCAUAUAUCAACACAUAGCGACUCGGGUGGUUAUUAUAGAACGACUGGUACUAGUCCUCUUAUGACUUUAGGCACCUCUGCUCAUUCUGCCACGGCUACGUUAAGUAACGGAAGUCGAUCGUACGAUGAUUUAGAAAGUGAAGAUGACUUAGAUACGGAAGAUAUUACGUUCCCUUCCGAUGCAGAUGCAAAAUUGUCAGGGAGCAGUAAACGGAGCAGUAUGCAAAGUCGGGGAAGUACCAGUAGUUUAGUCGAACAGCGCAGUAUAACUCCUCGUUCUCAAGCAGCCACGCCCAGAUCUCAGGCGGCAACGCCACAUAGAUAUAAAAAAGGUGACGUAGUGGCUACACCAAGUGGAGUUAGAAAAAAAUUCAACGGUAAACAGUGGCGUAGACUUUGUAGUAAAGAAGGAUGUUCCAAAGAAAGCCAACGAAGGGGAUACUGUUCUCGUCACCUUAGUUUGAAAGGAUCUUGUCUCAGAGGUCCGACAAAUACUUUUCCUGGUGGUAAAAUGGAUGGCGAAGAAACAUCUAGGGAUUCCGAUACUUCUCCAAACUAUGGCGAUAGAAGAAUUACCGGCCGAUUUGAUCAAGAUGAGACCGAAGCUGCUAACAUGCUUGUUUCUUUGGGAAGUUCCAGAUCGGCAACGCCAGCCUUUUCUUCGCCAACCGGACAAUCGUCGAUAUCGCCUUGUAUCAACCAAUCUCCUGUACCACCAUUAGGUCUCAAUCAGAAUAGCGUGUUUAUGCCUAUUUCAAGUCCGGCACAUCACGCGGCGCCGCUAAUUUCCCCUGGUGCGAAGUGGAAACAUUCGCCCACUCAGUCCACUUUUCUUGCUCAGUACCAACAGCAGGUGAUAAAGCCAGAACCCAAUCGAGUAGUACGAUCGAAUCGACCAGCUCCGACUGCCCCGGUUCCUGCCAGUAUAGGAACAAGUGUGAUAAGAAGUUCUCCUGUGAGCCGUGGCAUAUCCGGAUCCAAUUUGCCAUGGUCGGAACAAAGUCCGCCGCCGCGACAUCCGUCGGUUGUUACUACUAUAGCUCAACAGCAGCAGGGCAUUAUACUUCAACACGCGCUCACGACGAACAACGGUUUUCACACUUCGGAGAUUUCAGAACAAAGUACUCAACAAAAAUUGAAAUCGUCGCAUUUGCCUCACAUGCCGCUUUCCACGCCGCAAAACUUGACUCUGCUACACAAACCCAUAGAGCAACCAGUCGAUUACGCUCAACCGGCGACGCAAAAUCAACCGAUUUACGUGAUGCAUCAUCAACACGAAAAAAAAUAUCUCGUGAUAAAGAAUAAUAUGGACGUCUCUGCAGCAGGCCACCUAAUCAAUCAGGACGAUAACUAUAGACCGGCGUUAAUGAGUCAUUUAAGUCAGCUUCCAGCAACGUUACAUCAAACGCAAUGUCAACCGCCGCAGUCACCUGCUGUCGUCUCAUCCGUCCAUGUCGAUAAAUUGUCCGUUUUACAACAAGCGAGUAAAAUGGCCACGCAUGUAUCCGCGCAAAUAGAUAUGCAAAGGACACAACCACCACCUACGAGUGUUGUAAUGACAACCACUACCGAAGCUUCGAACCCGUCUACCCCGACUAGUGUCUUCCAGCAUGUGAUAGUACAGCCCGGGAAUUUGGUGCAGAUUCCUAAAACGCAACCUUCUAGGGAAGAGAAUUCGAAAAACAAUGGUGUUCUCUAUGGCAGCCACGAUGUUCCUCCCGCAUACCAGCCCCAUCCCCCACCAUUACUGAACAAUGCAGUACGCAACUGGAAGAAAGCUUUUCCAUGGCAAACAACGGUACUCGAUCAAUCGGAAGUAAGUCCUCCACCGUCUGCGCUGAGUCCACCCUUGAGCGCACCACCAAUUCCAAUUAGCAUGAGUACACCUGGCGAGGAUGGGCCUGGACCUGGUCCUGAUCCGAUCACUCCCGCCGAAGAGGAAGACGAUGAUGUUUUCGAAGCGGAACCAACGACACCCGCAGAGGUUGAGGCUAAUGGUAACAAGAGACGCAGCCAAUCUCUUAGUGCGUUGCAUUCCAAAGAGCCUCAGAGUCCGCUUAAAGCUAAAGAUCGGAUACGUCGACCGAUGAACGCAUUUAUGAUAUUUUCGAAACGACAUCGCGCGGUGGUGCAUCAAAGGCAUCCGAACCAAGACAACCGUACCGUGUCUAAAAUAUUAGGAGAAUGGUGGUACGCUUUGGGUCCAGAAGAAAAGCAAAAGUAUCACGAUCUAGCAUCCGAAGUGAAAGAGGCGCAUUUCAAAGCGCAUCCGGAUUGGAAAUGGUGUAGCAAAGAUAGGCGGAAAUCGUCGACGGCGAGUUUUAAAGGCAGCGAAUCUCGAGGGAAAUUGAAUAGCACUGGAGAAGAAACGGAUAUGGGACCACCGGCAGACGAUGUACCAUUAACGCCAAGAGCCACCGAUGAUAUUACCGUUCCCGUUACAACGGUGUACAAUGAAGCUCCCACGAUAGAAGUUAUUAAUCAGUCGCAUACGCAUCGAAUAAUGGAAAUGCCUUUACCAGUCGAGAAUACAGAGUCCGAUAUGAAACAAGAGGAAGAUGGUAAUGCGUCGGAUGAAGAUCAGAUGGUCAUCUGCGAGGAUCCUCAACCUGAAAUAGAUCUAAAAUGCAAAGACAAAUUGACGGACAGCGAUAACGACGUUCAAGAAGAGGAUGCUGAUAAGAAGUGUUACACGCAAUCACGGUUUUCACCUAUGAGCGGUCAAAAGAGGGACGCGGUCAACGUUAAGCAAGAAGUUACGUGUAGACCUAAACCGAUAAAAGCACGAAUACCUUCAACAGGUAUCGAAACCACCACGAAAUAUCAUCAUACGUCUAUGGACAAAGGGGGAACUGUAUCUGUUUUAUCGAGUACAUAUCCAUAUCAUAGUCCAGUGAAUCCAACCGGAGUAUCGGGUUUUCAACCAACCGGCGGUGCUUUCAUAACGAUGCCGAUAUCACCGAAAGUUAUCAAACCGGAGCCAGUAAAAAACGAGCAGCAAUAUAGUACCCAGUACAGUAUGAGCAAUCUAGUAGCAAACAUUCACGAAAAUGGAAGGAAUAUGCCGAAAUUCACAGCUGCACCAGUGUUACAUUCUCAGCCGUUGCAGUCUUUAGGCACUAUUCUUCGCCCCCUUACUUCAGCUGUCCCUUACCAACCAUCGUUCACUCUAACAUUUCUCGAUAACGAUUUGGUGGCUGUUUCCAAACCGCAGCAGGGAUCGCAGUAUCUCGGUCCAACGCCACCUCAUCCCAGGAUGUACUGUACUGUUCCAGGGUUCCACAUACCUAUCUCUGACGCCGGCAAUCGCAACAUAUCGUCACAAGGUUUAAUUUCUGGUAAUAAGAUGGAAACACAAAGUGUUAUAGUGAGCAAACCUUAUCCAGUUUCGACAUCAUCCACCACGUCGACUUAUCGUGGAAUGAGUCAUCCUAUAACACGUCUCGCCGACUCCGAAAAAAACGAGAACCAGAUAGGAAACAACCAUGCCAAAUUUUAUGUAACUAAUGUGAAAUCAGAGAAAGAAAGGAAAGACACAGUGAAUAUUCUUCUGCCUGCCACGAAUGAUAAACACAAACAACCGUCUACUCCGCAUACUCCUCACACACCUCUAAGUAAUCAUGGUGGUAAUGAUAUUCCUACGAAUAAAUCGUAUUCUAUGGAUGAAUCCCAAUCUAACGACGUAGGGCCGAGCAAGGGUCCUUUUAUGCUAGCGCCGACUCCGGCGCAACUUGGUCGAGCGCCGUUACAAAGGAGACAAUCAAUGGCAAUGCCUCCCACAUCGAAUGCAGGAGACCAUGGGCCUUUGACAUCUCAACAUUGCGACAAUCGUUCGCAAAUUACUACAUCUCAAGCGUCGGAGGUACAGCAACAACAAAAUUUUACAGAAUCUCAUGCUUCACCGUCACCAUCCACGAAGAAAGGUUCUUUCUUCAAGAAGAACGUCGAAGAUGGAAUGGAUAGAGUUCUCGAACAAGUGAAUUUUCAAGAAAAAUUCUCGUCCUUGCCAGAGUUUAAACCGGAAGAUAUACAAAGUCCAAGUGCAAUCAGUAUCAACACGGCAGGUUCGUCUGGACAUGGUUCAGUGGUAACAUCUGGCUUGCACCCAUCAAAUUUGCAAUCAUCGAUGCAAAUGCAAAGUUAUCGAAAAAAACCUGCGCAGGGACCUCAUAGGCCCACAAUGAAUGAGGACGAUAUCGAAUCAGAUACGCCAGUAUCCGCCACACCGAAAUCAACUUCCAGCGUCAAGUUGACAGGAAACACAUUCUUUGGUCCAGAUUUCAAUGUUGACGCAUACAGAGCUAAUAAUGAGUUGGUGGGGGACGUUGAUGCUAGUUCUCCCAGGACUCCGAAGACACCCGGCGGCGGUGCUGGAAACACGAUGAGUAUCGGCAGAAGCGAGAACGAACGGGGUCACAGGAAAGUACUGGAGCAACUGAAUUUUCAAGAAAAAUUCUCGUCCUUGCCAGAGUUUAAACCGGAAGAUAUACAAAGUCCAAGUGCAAUCAGUAUCAACACGGCAGGUUCGUCUGGACAUGGUUCAGUGGUAACAUCUGGCUUGCACCCAUCAAAUUUGCAAUCAUCGAUGCAAAUGCAAAGUUAUCGAAAAAAACCUGCGCAGGGACCUCAUAGGCCCACAAUGAAUGAGGACGAUAUCGAAUCAGAUACGCCAGUAUCCGCCACACCGAAAUCAACUUCCAGCGUCAAGUUGACAGGAAACACAUUCUUUGGUCCAGAUUUCAAUGUUGACGCAUACAGAGCUAAUAAUGAGUUGGUGGGGGACGUUGAUGCUAGUUCUCCCAGGACUCCGAAGACACCCGGCGGCGGUGCUGGAAACACGAUGAGUAUCGGCAGAAGCGAGAACGAACGGGGUCACAGGAAAGUACUGGAGCAACGUCGACACCUCGUCAUGCAAUUGUUUCAAGAACAUGGUUACUUUCCCUCGACGCAAGCUACCACGACGUUCCAAGCGAAACACUCGGACAUAUUCCCUAACAAAACAAGUUUGCAAUUGAAGAUUCGAGAGGUCAGACAAAAGUUGAAAGCUAACUCGACACCCAUGAGUGCUAACAGUCUGGUUAGUCCCCUUCCUGUUUCUGAAGCUUCACCUAACGUGACUGGACCAUUGACUGCUCCUCCUACAUCGAUGGGAGCUCCACAUUCACUGCCUGUAAGCAGUAGUGGUAGCUAGCGCCCACAUGCCAACUGUGAUACUACGCAUCCCCUUACUUCACAGCAUGAGUACAUCAUUAUUCAUUGAGAUGAAGGAAAGUUUUUAUUUGGGAAGAUUGUUGAUGUACAACGUAUUUCUUCUUUUUCUUUUUUUAUUUUUUUUUCUUUCUUUUUACGAGUUGUGAAGUGCUGCAAGGCUUUAGUGCAAUUCGAACAUUGAUUGUAACCUGGUGCAGGUGACUUAUACAUACAUAGGAAGGCAUAUCAAGGUGAGUUUGAUGUACACAUAUCAGCAAGCUCUCUUCGUGUUGUACAUAAAAGGUAAGAAAAAUGGAGCAUUGUAUCGAGUGUUUCGCGAGAGAUUACCAACGUUAAAUUAAAUUUGUGUGUUCGAGUAUCUGUGUUAUGUCGGAAUAUAUAACGAUGACGUGGAGUUGUGAAAUAUUUGCGCAUUGAAGAAUCUAGCUGUAUAUUAUAGAAAUAACCAUGUUUGUUAGCGAAUUAGAAGCUCAGAAAAAUUGCAGGCUUAAUCGUACAUUGUCGUAUUGCUUAUCAAAACGAUACGAGAAUGGGGAAAAUGAUAAAAUUGUUUUGAGAUUUGUGUAUGUAAUUCGCAUAAAAGAUGAGCUUUCUUCACUCAGAAGGAAAGACAAUACUCUGCCACAUUCUAAGCACCCAAACAAGUUAUAAAUAAUAUAGAAGCGUGGAAAUUAUUUUACUAACAUAUUCGUUAUGAAAUCAAUAAUUUCAUAGUUAUACGAUUCCAAAUAUACACAAACGAUAUUUGUACAUCGAAACACCUUGAAAGGAUUAUUCGAAGGCCUAAGCCAUUGUUAAACAUUGUUAAGAAAAAUACUGAGAUCCAAGUAGGAAAAAGGGAGGGGGAGAGAGAAAGAGAGAGAGAGAGAGAGAGAGAAUUUGUGUGAUACAGAGGUAUGAAUUUUUGAAUACGUGUAGAAGAUGCGUGAAUGUUUUUCUUUUUUUUUUAAGAGAGAGGGAGAUAGGGAGAGAAAGAGGAAGAGAAGAUCGUAAUCAGAGAGUAUUAGAAUUAACGAAGCAUUAUAAAAUGAAAUCAGAGUUUAUAUACUUUAGUUAUACUUUAUAUAAUAUAUAUAUAUGAUAUAUAGAGAUGAAAGAGAAAAGAACUAUAGAGAACUGCGAUAUAAAAACAUUGCACAAAAUUUAUGUAAACGCAGUUGGUGAACGAUGUUUAUUUUACUUGUAAAUACUAUGGUAUGACUCAAAGCGGGAUAUAUCCAGAGAGUUUAAAAAGAAAAGUAUCUAUAUACGAUGCUGCGUCUGAGAAAUUUUCACGACAAAGGCAUUCUUUUUGGUGAUUUAUAGAUUAUAGGAAAGAAAACAGUGGGGAUUAAAAAGAAAAAAAUCGUGCCAUUGUGCGGCGACAAAGAAAGGGAAUGCAUGCGUAACAAGUCCCUUGAUAGUAACGAAUUAAUUGUUAGACACCACUCGAUAUAGAUAAUAUGUAAUACGUUUCCCAUAUUCUCGAGAGAAAGUACUUAUCUACUGUUUUUUAGAGCUCCGCUCAAAUUCGACGCGAUCGAGAGAUUUUUCGUUUUAUAAGUAUUUUAAAGUCGAGCUGCUGUUUUUCAUUACAUAAGCGUAUAUUAAUUUUUUUUUUUUAUUUUUUUUGAGGCCGAUUUAGAUGUAAGCGGUUUUAUAUGGGCCGUCUUUUUUUUUCUUUUUUUUGUGGCCGUGACAAGUUAUUUGCUUUUAUCUUUAAUAUUAAGUGCAAUCAUGCACGGGUGAUCUAUACAUUUGCAAAUAAAGAAGUAAACGUCCGGAAGAGAAUAUGAUGUCUAAAUUUAUUAAAGAUACACACACACGUCGCCAUUUGAACGUUUUGUUAUUACGUUUUUAAAGAUUGCUAAUUGUGCGAGAAAACUACGGGUACUCCGUAUCUCGUUUAUUUUAACGCGUUUUAUCGAUCAAGCGAUUACUUUUACGUUUAUAGAAAUAUUUUCAUCGAUACCAUGUCGUAUGUACGCGUUGAAUUUCAGCGGAGAUUGUUGAAUUUGGCUGUAAAAUAGAUUAUGUAAUUAGUGAUACACUUAUUAAAAAGAAAAAUAAAAAAAGCGCACGUCGACAAGCCACGGCACGCAUAUAUUGUAGUUAGAAUAGGUGUACAAAACCUAUUCUACGUAUUUUGUAAAUAAGAAAUAAAUACUAUACACUACUUG